AUCACGUUACUAACUCAAAGGUCACAUCCACCUCCUAGAAGCACUCGAUCUCUAUAAAUAGCAAGAAACCCCCAACCCUUAACAAUAUAUACAAAGACAUGUUUUUCUGAACAAAACACAUUCUUAAUAUAGGCAAGGAUGGCAGAAACUACGCAGAGGAAGAGGGAGGUGUUUGCGACCAAGAAUGAAUUCUCGGUAGCAAUGGCUAAGUACACUGCUCAUCUCUCGGCCAAGUUCUGCAAGGAGAAAGGAAUUUUCACCGUUGUUCUCUCCGGCGGUGGCCUCAUCGAUUGGCUCUGCAAGUUGUUGGAAUCACCAUACAAAGAUUCAGUCGAAUGGUCAAAGUGGCACGUCUUUUGGGUGGACGAGAGGGUCUGUUCACAUGAAGAUCCAGACAGCAACUACAAACUCGCCAUGGAUGGUUUUAUCUCCAAGGUUGGGAUUCCGAAGGAGAACAUCUACGCGAUCGACAAACAAUGUGCCGCUGAUGGUGACGCGGAGCGUUGUGCGACGCUCUACGAGGAGUGCUUGAGGAACCUGGUGAAGGAAAAGAUACUCCCACUAAGUCCAAAUGGCCAAUAUCCUCAGUUCGAUCUCCAGCUUCAAGGGAUGGGUCCUGAUGGCCACAUGGCGUCUCUCUUCCCGAAACGUCCUCAGAUCAAUGAGACGGACAAGUGGGUCACUCACAUUACCGACUCCCCAAAACCGCCACCAAGGAGAAUCACAAUGACUUUACCCGUCAUCAACUCGUCUUUGUACAAUCUUAUGGCCGUUUGCGACGACAACACAGACCAAUGUGCACGUUCCAUCGCUGGAAUCUUUAAGAACAACAAUCUUGACUUACCUGCUGCUCAUCUUACUGCCCAAGUCGAAACUAUGUGGUACCUUGACAAAGCAGCUGCUUCAUUGCUUUAGAGAGCCAAACACAUUAAUAAAUGCAUGGUGUUCUUGAUAUGAGUAAUAAAUCUCUCCAAGUCAUGCUUUUGUGGAGCGUGUUGUUGGAGUUUGCUUGCAUGUCUGUUGAA